ACGACUAUAGUUGUAGCCUAAAUUUGAAUGCGGUUUGGUCAAAUGACCCAUAAUUUUGUUCUGUUACCCCUGUGAUUAUGCCGUCCAUAUGUUUCUGAUUUCUUUUUGUCUUCUUCAUCCUCUUUUUUCCUCCCAUGACUAAACUGUUUCAAGAAUGAUACUAGGUUUCAUCGUUUUCUUGAUUUUCCGAUCAAACGCCGUUUCCGCCGCCUGCAACAGAUCAUGCGGCCAUGUUUCUCCUGCGGAGCUUCCGUCCCCGUUUGGGUUCUCCUCCGGCUGCGAAAUCCGCCUGAACUGCACAUCCCGGGGAACUAUGGCGGUGGACGACUUCCCGGUCUACGACGUGACCGCCGACAGUAUUCUGAUCAACCUUCCGGCGAAAUGCGGGCGGCCCAUUGCGGCCGCGGGGGCGUUGUUCACGGCGAACUACGCGCCCACCAGGCAAAACGACAUUCUCCUGCAGAAUUGCAGCUCGCCGGAGACCGAUUGCCGGGUCCCGUCGACGGAGAUUGGGACGCGUUUCGACCUCCUCGAUUGCGGGAGCGGAAUGGAUAACAUUAGCUGUUAUUCGGAGAAAACUAAACGCGGAAAGUUUAUUCAUUUUGACGGAUUGAUGAAAACUGGGUGCAAAUCUCUGUUCUCCGCCGUGGCCGUGAAGUCUCUGGGCAACUCGCCGGCGGUGGCGAUGGAUAUUCAGGUGGUUCAGUUGGAGUGGUGGCUCACCGGAAAGUGCCGGUGCUCUAAGAAUGCUAAUUGUACUAGAAUCGGGCGGGUGGGUUAUCGGUGCCAGUGCUUUGAAGGGUUCGCCGGAGAUGGCUACCAGUCUGGAUCCGGUUGCCGGAAAGAGAUCACAAAAUGCAACCCUACUAAGUACCUCUCAGGCAAAUGUGGAGGAACAACCAAAGUAGGUGUUCUAGUUGGAGGAGUUGUUGCGGGUGCUGUGUUAAUGGUGACAGUAGGCCUAAUCUGCUGCAUCAUUCGCCGGAGAAUCACGCUGCACAACCGGAGCAAGAGGAGGCGGGAGCUAAGCGUGACGACGGGGAUCACAAUUCCGGUCUAUCCCUACAGGGAAAUGGAGAAAGCCACAGACUUCUUCUCAGACAAGAGGAGGCUUGGCAAUGGAGCUUAUGGCACUGUGUAUUCUGGGAAAUUAACAGACCAGGAAUGGGUUGCCAUCAAGAGAAUCAGGCGUAGAGGCAUGGACAGCAAUGAACAAGUUAUAAAUGAGAUCAAGCUUCUUUCUUCUGUAAACCAUCCCAAUCUGGUUCGCCUCCUGGGAUGUUGCAUAGAGAAAGGGGAGCAAAUUCUGGUUUAUGAGUUCAUGCCUAAUGGCACUUUAUCCCAGCAUUUGCAGGGAGAAAAGGGCAGUGGCCUUUCGUGGGCGGUCCGCCUUAAGAUCGCCUCGGGAACGGCCCAAGCUGUGGCGUAUUUGCACAACGCAAUGCACCCGCCCAUCUACCAUAGAGACGUCAAGUCGAGUAACAUCCUUCUGGACAACCAGUACAAGCCUAAAGUCGCAGACUUUGGCCUGUCCCGCCUAGGCUUGACCGAGCUCUCCCACGUCUCGACCGCCCCACAGGGCACCCCGGGGUACGUUGACCCACAGUACCACCAGAGCUUCUGCCUCUCAGACAAGAGCGACGUCUACAGCUUCGGGGUCGUUCUGGUCGAGAUCAUCACCGGAUUGAAGGCAGUCGACCUCACCCGCCCCCAGGACGAAGUGAACCUCGCAGCCCUGGCGGUUGAAAGAAUCCGAAACGGGUGCCUACACGAGAUCAUCGACCCAUUGAUCGAGCCACACAGCUGGUUCUCAGUGCACAAAGUUGCAGAAUUGGCUUUCAGAUGCCUGGCUUUCCACAGGGACAUGAGGCCUUCAAUGAUGGAAGCCGCAGUCGAGUUGGAGCAAAUCAGGCUAAGCGUGCAGGCGUUUCGCGAAGAUUACAGCACUGCAGCUUCAUCAUCUGAAGCUUUAUCCUCGCGUUCAUCUUCAUCAGACGACGCCAGUGAUAAACCACUGAGUGUCAAUGGAGAGGGCGAGCCUCGAGCAUAACAUAUAUAAAUAAUAAACGUGCAGUCUCACUAUUGGUUUAACUUUUUAGUCGAGACAGAACGUAUCCGAUCCUUUAAUUGCCAGUGUAUAUUUCAAGGUCUCAGUUUAGGAUACAUGGCAGAGUGAACAAACCUCUCCACAAUCAACAAUUGUAAUACAACAUAUAUUGAUUGAACUUAUGAACUACUAUUUCCACUGCAAA